AUGUCGAGAUGGUCCCUGCUGCCCUCGACCGUGUCCGCCAUGUUGUCCGCCGUGCGUGCGACGUCCUCCACCUGGCAAGACCUACGUAACUCGAUUCAGCGACUUCGAUCUUCUGUCGCAGUGGUAGUCGUCUGUGGCGUCGCUCGUUACAAUGUUAGGAGCUUAAUGAAAAGAAAGACUUCCGAUGAAACGGAAAAAUCUGAGGGCAGUGCACAAAAAACGGAGAACGAAAAUAAUUUAAAAAGAAUAAAGAGUCGAGAACUGCGUGGGGGCAUUAUGUAUUAUAGUUGCCAUUGUAUCAAGCGCAACGGUCUUCAACACGAUUGCCGCCGCACUGGAUGUGGUGGGGAACCCCCUUGCUUGGUUUUGCCGGAUCCCUUAUGUGCGCCUAGUCAGCUAGCACGUGCACAUGGUUUGGCAGAUCCCGCUCCUCUUGCAAAGCACACAGGAAAUAUUUCUGGAAUGUCAGAAGAUGCCACUGCUAAAAGCGGCAAAAGAUUUAUUGUUUGCGAACUAAAGAGUGUUGCACCACAACCGCCUCAAGAUGAUUCCACUAAAAAAUGUUGUUGUGCUCCAAAAGAUACAAGAAGUACGGACAGAACGGCGGGAACGAAUGAUCCAACAACGGGACUGCCAAUACUGGUGAUGAAGCUCUGUUGA